AUGGUUAUGAGUGCAAUGGCAGGAAUAGUUGAGGAGAUAAGAGAGGCUCAUCGAGCCAAAGGUCCAGCCACCAUCCUAGCCAUUGGCACAGCCACCCCAUCUAACUCUAUCUCCCAGGAUCUCUAUCCUGACUAUUACUUCAGGAUCACAAAGUCCGACCACCUGACCCACUUAAAACGCAAGUUCAUGCAUUUAUGUGCAAAAUCGAGGAUCAAGAAACGCUACAUGCACUUAACAGAAGAAAUGUUGAAAGAGCAUCCAAAUCUUUGCUCUUACAAGGAACCAUCUCUCAGUACACGCAAAGAAAUAUUGAAGCAUGAGCUCCCAAAGUUAGGAAGUGAAGCAGCAUGUAAAGCCAUACAAGAAUGGGGCCAACCAAAGUCCAAGAUCACACACCUUAUCUUCUACACAACCUCUAGUAUUGUCGUCAUGCCUGGUUGCGACUUCUACCUCGCCAAGAUCCUCGGUUUGCGUCCCUGCGUCCAGCGAUUCAUGAUGUAUAAUCUUGGUUGCUUCGCUGGUGGAACUGUUCUUCGUUUGGCUAAGGACUUGGCUGAGAACAAUAAGGAUGCUCGUGUUCUUGUUGUUUGUUCUGAGAUUAGUGUUGCUACGUUUCGUGGUCCGUCCGAUACCCAUUUAGAUUCCUUGGUAGGUCAAGCUCUUUUCGGAGAUGGAGCUGCAGCUUUGAUUGUGGGUUCUGAUAUUGAUACUUCGAUUGAGCAUCCAUUGUUUCAGCUUGUCUCUGCAUCGCAAACAAUCCUUCCUGAUUCCGAUAAAGUCAUUGAAGGGAACUUACUUGAAAUUGGUCUCACUUUUCACUUGCAAAAGGAUGUGCCUAAGUUGAUAUCAGAGAAUAUAGAGAAAUGCCUAGUUCAAGCAUUCUCGCCGAUCGGUAUUAGUGAUUGGAACUCUAUAUUUUGGAUUGCUCACCCUGGUGGCCCUGCAAUUCUUGAGCAAAUCGAGAUGAAAUUAAAUCUAAAACAAGAGAAGCUUAGAGCUAGUUGGCAUGUGCUAAGAGAGUAUGGUAACAUGUCAAGUGCUUCUGUUUUCUUUAUCAUGGACGAGAUGAGAAACAAAUCUGUGGAGGAGGGGAAUUGCAGCUUAGGUGAAGGGCUGGAGUGGGGUGUUUUGUUCGGAUUUGGACCAGGGCUAACUGUAGAAACUGUUGUCUUACCUUCUCUACAAGUUAAGGCUUCAAGAUGGGAAAAGAUGAUUGAUGCAUUUGUGGAUGAUUGCAUUGCAAGGAAGCUUUUUAAGAAAUAA